GAUUUGAACGCGGCAAAAACCUUUUUGUAUUUCUACAAGCUGGCAAGGCAGCAGUUACGGAAAGCACCCCAAUUGUGGCAAAGGACUGGCUCUUCUUGUUUGACUUUCUGUUGCCAACCAGGCAGAAAUGUGAAAUGUCAUCUCAUAACGCUAGAAGAGGAUGCACAUGAGAGCUGCUGCACAGUGGAGUCAAGGUGGAGGAUGUAUGAGUCAGCUUGAUUGACAUGACACACCGAGUGUUGUGGCAAUGGUGUCAUGUCUCCAGUGAUAUGGAUGGUUACCUGGUUACUACAGGCACAUUCAGCUGUGUGUGAUCUGCCUGCUCCAGUCAAUGUGACUCUCUCCUCCAGACAUUUUGUCCACCAGCUGAGGUGGGACCCAGGCUCGGGGUCCCCCAGGAGCGUGUACUACCGCGUGAUGAUUUUCUCUAGCAGGGGUGGCCAGUCUUGGGAGGUGGUGGCUGGUUGUGAGCACGUGGAGUCCCCUCUGGUGUGUAACCUGACUAAAGCAUUCUCAAGCCGCAGUCACACCUACUACAACAGGGUGUUCGCUGUGUCUGGGAACGAAGUCUCACCCCCGGGCAACCAAAGCGGCUUUAAACCCAUCGAUGGCACCCUCCUGGACCCGCCCUUGGUGAGUGUUAAGGCCUGCGGCAGCACUCUAUGUGUGAACCUGAGGCCUCCUGUGGACGGCUUGUGGGAUGUCUACGACAGUUUCCGCUACAGUUUAAGCAUCAGAAGCAGCAGGCAUGGAGCUAAGUACUCUGAGGAGAUGAAGUCUCUGAAAGAAAAGAUUCUAAAUAACCUGGCUCCAGGCAGAGAGUACUGUGUCUCCGUCAGAAUAAGGGGCAGCGAGGAGAGAAGCGACAAGAACUCUUCCUACAGCCAACCACACUGUGCCUUCACAGCUGCCAAGUACAACGCAGGCGCAGAGAUCUCAGUGGUUUUGUGUUUGCUUGUGUUGUCUGGGCUGUUUACUACUACCCUACUGUUCCGCACUGGAUUCAUCUGUCUGAGACAACACCUUCCAGAAGUACUGAGCUCAAUACAACACCACGAGGAGAGCCUAUACCCAGUGCCCUGUGAUGAGAAACCAUGUCCCUUAGUGCUUCUAGUGCCACCAUCGCCCCCUUUAGGAAGCACUGGGAAGGACACAGAGAGUGAGGAAGAAAGCGAGGCAGAGACAGAGCGAAGCAGUGGGGGAGGACAAGGAUACAAGACACGAGGGAUCACUGCUGGUCUGACCUCUCAUAACCCCCUCUCUUCCUCCUCUUCCUCUAGAGCAGAGGUGUUCCUACACCCCUAUCUAAGCACACGCUCUCUGGCAUCUCCCACUGACACUCAGACCACCGCUGAGACGCAGUCCAACCGCCCUCACGUUCCUCUCUUCAUAACCAGCGACCAGCAGCCUGAAUCUCUGCUCAGGCCUGACGGCCUCUCAAUGUCUCUAUCAAACAACCAUCCACCGUCUGGACCCUCACAAACCAGUCAGCUUACAGAGCCAGCUCAAUGUGCCUCACGGGGACAGGACUUGAGCUUCAGUCUUUCCUCAGAGAGGGACACAGGGGGAUUUCAUCCGGAGGAGGAGGAGAGCUGCUUGGAUGUCAACCUGCUGUCUGUAACCCUAGGUAGACAUGAGGAGAUGAAGGAUCCAGAACCCCGCUCUCUGGGGGGGCCCCCUGAGCCCACCACUCCCUUCCUGCCCUCUGACACCAAGUGUUGGGCCACAGAGCCUGCCAUAACACAGACGCACACUGCUACCUCUGAGGAAGAGGAGGAGGAAGAUGAGUAUUUUGGUUACAUGAGGCGAUGAGAGAAGUAAUUUGUUGCACAAUUAACCAUUCCAUUUUUUUUUUUGCCAGGAGUUUUUUUUAUUUGGUAAUGAAAGCCAUAUGGUGCCUACCUGUGGACAUUCAGUGUACUGUUCUGGCAUAAAUAUCAAGGUCCCAAGGUAGCCUGAAGUGGCUUCCUUGUCCUUCCUUUAUUUUGUUAUAACCUUUAUUUAACGAGGCAAGUCAGUUAAGAACAAAUUCUAAUUUACAAUGACCGUCUACCCGGGGAACAGUGGGUUAACUGCCUUGUUCAGGGGCAGAACGACAGAUUUUUACCUUGUCAGCUCGGGGAUCCGAUCCAGGAACUUUUCGGUUACUAGUCCAACGCUCUAACCACUAGGCUACCUUCCGGUUACUAGUCCAACGCUCUAACCACUAGGCUACCUGCUGGUUACUAGUCCAACACUCUAACCACUAGGCUACCUGCUGGUCACUAGUCCAACGCUCUAACCACUAGGCUACCUGCUGGUUACUAGUCCAACGCUCUAACCACUAGGCUACCUGCUGGUUACUAGUCCAACGCUCUAACCACCAGGCUACCUGCUGGUUACUAGUCCAACGCUCUAACCACUAGGCUACCUGCUGGUUACUAGUCCAACGCUCUAACCACCAGGCUACCUGCUGGUUACUAGUCCAACGCUCUAACCACUAGGCUACCUGCUGGUUACUAGUCCAACGCUCUAACCACUAGGCUACCUGCUGGUUACUAGUCCAACGCUCUAACCACUAGGCUACCUGCUGGUUACUAGUCCAACGCUCUAACCACUAGGCUACCUGCUGGUUACUAGUCCAACGCUCUAACCACUAGGCUACCUGCUGGUUACUAGUCCAACGCUCUAACCACCAGGCUACCUGCUGGUUACUAGUCCAACGCUCUAACCACCAGGCUACCUGCUGGUUACUAGUCCAACGCUCUAACCACUAGGCUACCUGCUGGUUACUAGUCCAACGCUCUAACCACUAGGCUACCUGCUGGUUACUAGUCCAACGCUCUAAGCACUAGGCUACCUGCUGGUUACUAGUCCAACGCUCUAACCACUAGGCUACCUGCUGGUUACUAAUCCAACACUCUAACCACUAGGCUACCUGCUGGUCACUAGUCCAACGCUCUAACCACUAGGCUACCUGCUGGUUACUAGUCCAACGCUCUAACCACCAGGCUACCGACUGCUCCUUUAUCUGCACUAUGUGAAAAUAACUGUUUAUCUCUCCAUCAUAUUGCUUUGACUUCUCUUGUAUUUUCAGACCAGUUGAAAUUUAAAAGAGAAAGAGCCAAUGUAUUUGCCUGACUACCCAGACUCCUUGCUCCGGCCAUAUGCUACGCCACGCCCACGGACGUUAGUUUCUUCUCCGCAAUGAGUCUGGAUCCGAGUACCUCCAACGAUUUCUAGAAUGCAAACACUUUCUAACCAUUCUGAUUGGUCCCAGAAACUGAUGGAUUGGACCAGAGCCAGAACGAACACGUGGAUAAAGCGCUGUUUAGAAAAUGUGUCAUUGGGUUUUUGAUACUCUGAUUGGUCAGAGAUGAUCCAAUCGCUGAUGACUUUGUUUUGUACAACACCCCCUCCUUGUGAUGUCAGUUUGACUGAAGUAUGUAGCGAACGACAGAACAGCGGAGUAUUUAGUUUGAGUCGUCGGCCAACCAAUUGUAUUGAUAUGGACUGUACUAUAUUAUUGCAGUUUUUUAAAAGUAUUUAGACAUAUAGAAUUAUGUUUUUUUUUUACAUCAUUAAAUUGUUAGUUUUUCCCAAUUGCUAAAACACAAUUUUGUAAACUAGGCUGGUUUUAUCCAAAUACUUAACACAAUUCACAAAACCACACACCCAAACUGCAAAAUAUACUAAUAUCCUGAAAAAUGAAGCACUGCGACAAACUUCAUAUAUCAAAGUCAAACAUUAGCAUGAAAUGGGCCCACACUUCGUUCAUAUUACCAGAUGUUUGUCUAACCAACUACACACUGUUGGGCAUAAUGAAAAGCACUCUCAUCUUUAGGAUGCUUUGCCAUAAUACUAAAAUAGUUCAAAUUCUAGAAAAUUCUUCAGAUGCACAGAAAUAUUUGCAGAUACACACACAUGCUGUUGAAACAUUUUAUUUUUCACCAAAACAAGUCAGUGCAACAUAUGCACAGCAGAUAUAUUUACAUUGGAAUGAACAAAAAUAUGCUGACAAAAAAACUGUCAACUGAAAAAGAAAAGUGCAGAAAGAAAUAUAUAGAAAAAAAAGGCGUGAAAAAUAAUUAGGCAGCACAACGCCUCGUCCACAUCACAGCUGGGUCUGGCCACAACGCCUCGUCCACAUCACAGCUGGGUCUGGCCACAACGCCUCGUCCACAUCACAGCUGGGUCUGGCCACAACGCCUCGUCCACAUCACAGCUGGGUCUGGCCACAACGCCUCGUCCACAUCACAGCUGGGUCUGGCCACAACGCCUCGUCCACAUCACAGCUGGGUCUGGCCACAACGCCUCGUCCACAUCACAGCUGGGUCUGGCCACAACGCCUCGUCCACAUCACAGCUGGGUCUGGCCACAACGCCUCGUCCACAUCACAGCUGGGUCUGGCCACAACGCCUCGUCCACAUCACAGGCAAUAUCUUCCCUUGCCAGACAUCGAGGGAAGAAGCGCCUUGAGUGCCUUAUCCAUCCCUGAAUCCCACCCACAUCAAUCUCAUCACAUGCCUGUUCCAUAGCCUACACAAGAGGCCUGCGCACUAAGGGCUGCCGGUCGUAUACCUUCCACCACCAUGCCGAAAAUAACUCUUCUAUGGGGUUCAGAAAUGGUGAGUAUGGUGGGAGGUAUUGCACGAGAAAUGGUGGGUUUGCUGAAAUGUGUGCAGUUGGUGUAUGACAUCAGCCGUUCAUGAAGUAAACAGGUGUCACCCAACUGAUACACUAUGACAUGGGGUGUACUACAUAGUGUGAAAGAAAUGUUGGUUACAUACCUGUACUCCAGUCUCAACGUCCGGAGGACACAGGCGACAGUAAAACGGCACUCUCUGUCCAGCCUCUCACAUUGUCAGCGCAUGGUUGAUGACAUGAUCAACUAAGGUUGCUCUGAUUUCACUCUGUCCAGCCUCUCGCAUUGUCAGCCCUUGGUUGAUGACAUGAUCAACUAAGGUUGCUCUGAUUUCACUCUCUGUCCAGCCUCUCACAUUGUCAGCCCAUGGUUGAUGACAUGAUCAACUAAGGUUGCUCUGAUUUCAUUUGAAAGUUGUCUUUGGCCAUGAAUUCCUCUACCAGCUCUACUCCUACCUCUCACUCUUCCUCCCCCUCUCAUUCUCACCCUUCCUCUACAUCUCUCUGCAACGGCUUCCAUUAUUGUUGUAAAACAAAAGGUGCUCACCUGUGGUCUUUUCAUAGUGCUUACUUCCUGAUUGAAGUGGUAACAAUUAACCAUUGAGGUGUUUGGCCAGGUGGCACAUGUAUUGGCCAAUUAGCUCAUGUCAUGUCAUUUUGAAUGGCAGUGUUUUGAAAUGGCAAACAUGUGAAUUUAUGUCAGAUUGUUGUGUCUUCUGCAGAGAACCGUGUGCAGUGCAUUUAAAAAAAAGUGUCAUUUCGAAUUGCAAAAUGUGUGUAAAGCAGAAAAUGUGUUUAGACUUUUGGAGACUUGAGAAGAGGUUUUGCUCUCUGUGUGUCAGUUUAAAUAAGUGUGCUGUGCAUGUCGUUUUAGUGUGUUAGCAAUGUAAAGUACAUAUUACCUCAGCGGAGUUGAGGUAAUAUGUGAGAGCCAUUUAUCAAAUGUUUAAAUUAGGUUUACAAGUACUUUGGGGUUAUAUUAUCGAUGUUCACAGACAGCAUUAGUACUACUGGCUAAUGCUAACGGGCAAACGUCAUCACUGGUCAAGCUAUACAAUACAGUAUUCUGUACUUAUUCAGAAGGUCAACAUACUUUUUAGUGUUUAUGCGAUCAUCGUAGUAGUACUUGUUUACUUGCUUUUUGCUAUACUGUAAGAAACAUUUAAUCUGUUACAUAUUCAGGAAAAAGUCGUUCUUUUGAAGUGUGUAUUUUACAAAUUUUUACAAAUUUUACAAUCAACGUUUAUCUGUAAAAUAAAUGUAAUAUUUGUUAACGCCAAUCAAUUUUUUUUAUAAAUCUUCUACAUUUUUUUUUUUUUUAUCCUUAAUGUUGUAUGUAAUAAAAUAUUUUUCUACCAUU